AUGACACUCAGUCAAAGCAGUGAUUCGUCAAGGAGCAGCAACAGCUCAAGGGCUCGUCAUACUGGUUACCACGGGAUUCCAUCGAGGUGCUUCUGCGGAGCUGGAACGGUACUUGUUACUUCUCAUACCACCACAAAUCCUGGGCGGCGCUUCUACACCUGCUCGAACAGUUCGGAAGGACUCCAUGUUUGGAAAUGGUGGGACGAGGCAAUUACUGAGGAGCUGAUGGAACUUAAGGCUAGUUUGAAGUCUCUUGAGGCAAGGGUUCGUGAAGAUGAAGUGAAAACGUUGAAGGAGCUUAGUGCUUCGAAGACAAAGGAAGGAAAGGAGGUGAAAGUGGUUGUAGCAUUGGUUGUUCUAAUCGUUUCAGUCGGUGUCUUUGUUAGCUUUGUGAAGUAA